AGGCAGAACUAUAUCCAUGGAGACAUGGUACCCCUUACACCUAUAGGUAUAUAUAGGUAUCGACAGACUGAUCGUUAGUCUAUUGCAUCAGUAGGUUCCACUGGUAACACAGAAACAUGGAGAUUGUUCCGGCCGGAUGGAUGGCCACCGCUGUAUUGGCGAGCACACUAGUCAUCGCUGGACUUGUAUACCAGAAGAGGAGAUUGAUGCUACUUCGAAGAUAUGGACUACGUGGACCCGCCCCACUACCUAUUCUCGGAAACAUGUGGGAACUUAUAAAAGGGGGUACCGCUGUAAUGGAGGAGAAAUGGCUAAAAGAAUACGGAAAUGUAUUCGUGUGGUCUUUUGGCUGCAUGCAGAGUAUAACGGUGAAAGAUCCAGAGAUAUUGAAGGCAGUUCUCAUCAAAGAUUUCUCCCAUUUCAGUAGCAGGAAAUUGCUAGAUACAUCGCCAUCUCCACUGGAUAAAGGCAUUUUCUUCCUAAAGGACACAGACUGGAAACGGGUUCGAUCAAUAAUGAAUCCAACAUUUAGUUCUGUAAAGCUGCGAAUGAUGACUGACGAUAUCAACAAGUGUGCAAGGAACCUGGCAGAUAAUUUAUUGAAAUGUACAGAGCGCGACGAAAGCAUAGCAAUCAAGGACUAUUACGGGGCGUUUACAAUGGAUGUGAUUUCGAUGACAGCCUUUGGAUUAGAUGUGGAUUCUCAGACAAACUUUGAUAAUGAACUUAUUGGCCAUAUGAAAAAAAUCUUCAAUAACGCUUCUGUCCCCAUUCCUGUUUUUCUGUCUGCUAUAUUUGGAGAUUGGAUGCAACAACUCCUGAAAUAUUUAAAGAUAUGCUUCUAUCCUCGUGAUUCCAUGGAAUUCUUUGACAGAGAAGUGCGGGUUAUGAUUGAGGAACGGAAAAGAAAUCCAUCAAAUCGAACAGACCUUUUACAACUGAUGCUAAAUGCGUCCCUCGAGAUGUCCGAUGCGAACGCGAAUGAAAAAGCCGAGAGAAAAAUGCUUACGACUGAUGAGAUUAUUGGACAAUCGUUCCUGUUUUUUCUCGCUGGGUAUGAGACCACAGCCAGCCUACUAAGUUUCAGUGCUUACGAGAUGAUGUGCAAUCCAGAAGUACAGGAUAGGAUUUAUGAAGAAAUUGUCGAGCAGCUCGGAGAGGAAGAACCAACAUAUGACAAUAUCGGUAAACUGAAAUACAUGGAACUUGUUUUGAACGAAACAUUGCGACUGUAUCCUGCUCUCGCGAGGAUAAAUCGUGAGGCUGCCAAGACCAUUGAAAUAAAUGGUGUGACAAUUCCGAAAGGAUCCGCUGUAACGAUCCCCAUUAGGGCACUACAUCAAGAUCCAGAGACGUACCCAGAACCCACAAUGUUCAGGCCGGAGAGGUUUCUCGACUUCAAACCGAACCAGAACAACAUUAAUUUCCUACCGUUCGGCCAUGGUCCACGGAUGUGUAUUGGGAUGCGCCUUGCCUUAAUGGAAGCAAAGAUAGCCAUAACGCAUGUCCUUCGUAAAGUCAUGUUUGUGCAGUCUAUUGACACUGAGAUUCCGAUAACGUUGAAAGACAUUGGACUCACAGUACCAAAAACUCCAAUACGACUAAAGGUUAAACCAAGGAAAGUAUGACUGCAUUGAUAAACAAAAGGAAAACGAAAUCCGGUCUUUGCCAAAAUCGUAUGUACUCCCAUUCAGAAUGCAUUGCAACAAUGGAAAGAAAGACAAUGAAAUCUGGUGCUUGUCAACUGCGCAUUGUAUCUUUUAUACAUUAGAUACUCAAAGACAAGUUUGUCGUCGUAUUUAGAUACUAUAUGGCGAGUUUGUCAUCGUAUUUAGAUACAAUAGGGCGAGUUUGUCAUCGUAUUUAGAUAUUAUAGGGCGAGUUUGUUAUCGUAUUUAGAUACUAUAGGGCGAGUUUGUUAUCGUUUUUAGAUAUUAUAGGGCGAGUUGGUUAUCGUAUUUAGAUACUAUAGGGCGAGUUUGUCAUCGUAUUUAGAUAUUAUAGGGCGAGUUUGUUAUCGUAUUUAGAUACUAUAGGGCGAGUUUGUCGUCGUAAUUAUAUAUUCUAGGGCAAGUUUGUCGUCGUAUUCAUAUACUCUAGUUCGAGUUUGUCGUUGUAUUUAGAUACUCUAGGUCGAGUUUGUCGUUGUACUUAGAUACUCUAGGGCGAGUUUGUCGUUGUAUUUAGAUACUCUAGGGCGAGUUUGUUGUCGCAUUAGGACAUUCUAAGGCGAUUUUGUCGUCGUAUUUUGCACUCUGUGACGAGUUUGAGUUCAUAUUGAGAUACUCUACAUCGUGUUUGUCGUCGUAUUUAGAUACUCUAGGGCGAGUUUGUUGUCGUAUUUAGAUACAUUAGGGCGAGUUUGUCGUCGUAUUUAGAUACUCUAGGGCGAGUUUGUCGUCGUAUUUAGAUACUCUAGGGCGAGUUUGUUGUAUUUAGAUACAUUAGGGCGUGUUUGUCGUCGUAUUUAGAUACUCUAGGGCGAGUUUGUCGUCGUAUUUAGAUACUCUAGGGCGAGUUUGUCGUCGUAUUUAGAUAUUCUAGGGCGAGUUUGUCGUCGUAUUUAGAUACUCUAGUGCGAUAUCGUCAUCAUAUUUAGUUACCUUAGGACAAGUUUGUCUUUCAUUACGGCA